UCCGGUCCGCGCAGGCCAAGGCAGGUGCUGAGCGCGCAAUCAGUCAAGGCCGUGGCCCGGUCCGGGCGGGUGGGGACGGAGCUGUUUGCAGCUGGGCAGGGCAGCUGCGGCCCGGAGGUCGCAUCUCCACGCACAGCCGUGGUCCCAGUCUUGCUGGAGCUUGAAGAUGCUGAAAGAGCGUCUGGAGAUGGCAGAAGAUCCUCAGCAGCAGAUGGGUGCUCCAGUGGUGAAACUGGAGAAGGAGCUGCCAUGGGGCCGGGGAGGGGAGGACUCAAGUCCCGAGGCAUUCCGGCUGAGGUUUCGGCAGUUCCGCUACCAAGAAGCUGCUGGUCCCCAGGAAGCUCUCAGGGAGCUCCAGGAGCUCUGUCGGCGGUGGCUGAGGCCUGAGCUGCACACCAAGGAGCAGAUCCUGGAGCUGCUGGUACUGGAGCAGUUCCUCACCAUCCUGCCCCGAGAGUUCUACACUUGGAUCCGAGAUCACAGCCCAGACAGCGGCAAGGCUCUGGUGGCCAUGGUGGAGGACCUGAUGGAGAGCACACCUGAGGCCAAGGCGGUUCCAUGCCAUGCCCAGGGAGAGCAGCUGGUCACAGCCCUUGGCGGAGGAUCUUGGCAAUCAAGCAUCCACUUGGGGCCUGUAGAAGUCAAACCUGAGUGGGGGAUUCUUCAGGGGGACGGAGUUCAAAGCUUAGGCCCAAGCACUGCAGAACAGCUGAGCCAGGGCUCUGGAGACGGGACACAGGCCUUCCAGGAGCAAGCGCUGCCCAUUCUUCAUGCGGGUCCAGGUCUUCCCUCUGUGAGCACCAGAGACCAAGAGCUUGCUGCUGGGUUCCUUGCAGCAACAUCCCAGGUGAGCUAAUUUACCUGUCUUGGAG